AUGCGAAUCCUCUUCCUCUUCAUUCUCAUCGCUCUGCAACAAUACGUCGACAGUCGCGGAGGUCGAAGAGGAGGAAAGGGCAAAGGGAAGAGUAAUCUGCAAUUCGCACAAGUAGCCGAGUUCUCAUUGAUCCAAACACAACUAGCCGACAAUCGGAGUGCUCAUAUAGUUACUGGUUCGCACUUCAGUCAAACAUUUCGUCUUGGAUAUAAGUUGAUUCUUAUUUGCAAAGCAAAAGGAGAACCACGACCGACGAUCAAAUGGUAUAAGGAAGGCGCAGAGCUUCACCCAAAACAUAACACUCAUUACUAUGAGAAACCUCUUGGCGAGGACAUGCUCUGGAGUAAAUUGGAAAUAGAUCCGGCAACGAUGGGUGACCAAGGGGUGUACGCAUGUGUAGCAAAUAACCAGCAUGGAGUGAUGGCAAAGAACUUCAAAGCUGAAUAUACAUAUUGA